AUGGCCAAAAAAGAACAUUAUACAACAACAAUUAUCAAUGGAUUCUAUAAUCAAUUACCUGCUUUCACAGAUGUGUUUGAUGAAGAGUCUUGGUAUUUAUUUGUAAUAUGUUUUGUGAUGUUUACAUUAAUAGUUGUUUUUAUAUUGUCAAAGUUUAUAAAAUUACAACCUGUAGACUGGUAACCAAAAUAAUCAGUGAAAAAAAUUAUAUAAUUAAAUAUAAUUAAUAGAUUUUAUGUAAUCCUGAAAUUGGUAGUGUUAUUUUUGUACUAAUCAAUUUAUAAUUUCUUCAAUUGUUUGCUGCUUAUACACAGAAAAAGAAAAUAACUUUUAAGUAAUACUAUUAUUAUUCUACAUGCAAUAAAUAACAUAACAGUCAUUAA